AUGUUCUCCAAGAAGUUCCUAGCUGGGCUGAUGCUCUUUGCUGCGGCAUCUCAGGCAUUUCCAGUCAUUGAACCGGCUCUUGUUGCUCGGGGUGGAGAUCUUGCGGUGAAGAGAGAGCCCGAGACGGGGUACAUUGCUGUCAGCGGCAACAAGAAGCGGGACCCCGAGCCUGAGACUGGAUACAUCGCUAUCCUUGGCAACAAGAAGCGCGAGCCGGAGCCGGAGCCCGAGACUGGGUAUAUUGCAAUCCUCGGCAACAAAAAGCGUGAACCCGAGCCUGAGACUGGGUAUAUUGCUGUCAGUGGGAACAAGAAGCGCGAACCGGAGCCUGAGACCGGAUACUUCAACGUCCUGGGCAACAAGAAGCGCGAACCCGAGCCUGAGACUGGAUACAUUGCUAUCCUUGGCAACAAGAAGCGUGAACCCGAGCCUGAGACUGGUUAUAUUGCCGUCAGCGGCAACAAGAAGCGCGAGCCCGAGACUGGAUACUUCAAUGUCCUCGGCAACAAAAAGCGCGAGCCAGAGCCUGAGACUGGGUAUAUUGCUGUCAGUGGCAACAAGAAGCGCGAGCCUGAGACUGGAUACUUCAACGUCCUCGGCAACUAG